ACGACUCAAUUAUGGGACGACUUUCCCUAGCGAGUGUCGAGAUUUGUUUAUGUGAUCGUAGUAGGAAUCACUAACUUUAACAAUUUUAGGAUUUUUUAAGAUUUCAUAUAGUGAAAUUUUCUUAGGUAACAUUUCUAUACGCAUAUAUUUUUUGCUAAUUUACUAAUAUCACCUAAUAUCGUGUGUACAAUAAUACAAGAAGCUAUAUAUAUUCACAAAAAUGUCACAAUACAAUGAAUAUAAAAAUAGUCAUUGGUAACUAUUUGUGAUCACGACAAUUUGGAAGGGACUAGAAUUUUAAACUCUACACUCUACAAUAGUCGAUUGUUUUCGGAACGCCAUAUUCGCCAUUGCCCGUCGCGCGAUUAAAUUUUACUUGGCAUUGGGUAGUACGAUGAAAUAAAGAAGGGAUUAUGUAAAACUUUUGCAACUAACGGAAUAUAAUAUAAUAAGAAUAUUUGAAGAAAUAAUAUUACAUUACAGUGGUAUACACAUACACAUGUAUAUCUUUGUACAUGUAUUUGAUAAAAGAUUGAUAUAAUUCCAUUUGUGCGUUGAUUUUAUAUAUGCAUUUGUUGAAUCAUAAAAUCAGUUAUCAAUAUCAAAUACAACGUUCGUAACAUUUUAGUCCAAGUGUCAUUUGUCUUACGGAUCCUGAAACUAAAUAUUCACAUUUAAAUAUUGAUAGCAGAAUGGAAAGUUCAGGAGCGGUUACAAUUGAAGGAGAAAACUAUCAAGUAGUAGAUGAAUGUAUUGAAGAAGAAGAUACAUCUAACAGUGUGCAACAUAAAUAUGUCAAAAAUAUAGACACAGAAAAAGAAUCUAAUAAGUCAGUUAAGAAUAUACAGCAGAAUGAUGAUACAAAUGAGAGGAAAGAAAAUAUAAAUAUAGAAAAUAAAGUAAAUGUAGUAGAUGUAGGGAAAAAUGAAAAUACAAUUGUGGAGGAAAAAAGCGAUUCAUAUAUGGAAAAAAAUGAAAAUACAAUUGUGGAAGAGAAAAGUGAUUCAUAUAUAGAGAAAAAUGAAAAUACAAUUGUGGAAGAAAAAAGUGAUUCAUAUAUGGAAAAAAAUGAAAAUACAAUUGUGGAAGAGAAAGACGAUUCAUAUAUGGAGAAAAAUGAAAAUACAAUUGUGGAAGAGAAAGGCGAUUCAUAUGUGGAGAAAAAUGAAAAUACAACUAUGGAAAAGGAAGAAUGUACAAUGAUGAAGGAAAAUGAAAAUAUAACUAUAGGGAAGGAGGAAGAUACAAAUAUAGACACGAAUGAAGAUAUAAAUAUGGAGAAAAAUGAGAAAGUUCCAAUUGUCGAUUCAACUAAUAGUGCAUUAUCAGAUAAUUUAAAUCCUAAUGAUAAUGAUGGAAACAAUAAAUCAAAUAUGGAAAAUAAAUGUUCACAACAAUCAACUGUAGAGUCAAUCGAUUUUACUGCUGAUAUUACUUUAGAUCAGUUGGAUCAACAAAGAAGUAUGACAGAUGAAGACAUUUUACAUCAUUUGGAUGAAAUUGAAAAUAUAGAUUUAGAUCCUAAAGAUUUCCAAAUACAGGAGGAAAAUGAGUCAAUGGAAAAAGACACAAAAGACCAUUCUUCUCAUACAGAAAGUAAAUUUAUUAAAGAAAGUGAAGAAGAUGAAAGUAUUAAUGUAGAUAAAACAACAUCAAAUACUAUAAACAAAGAAAUAAAACAAAAACUAAAAGUAGAGAAAUCUGAAAAGGAUGAUUGGUAUGAGAAAAAGCUUAUUGAGAAGGAAACAAUUAUAAAAGAACGACUUUCAAAAGUGGCCAGAGUUUUAGGAAUUUCUUAUCCAUUUUAUGAAAAAUGGUUAGAACACGAAGAAAAAAUAAAUGGAUCUCCUCUCUGUAAACUAAAACCAUCUCGACGAUGUUGCUUGGAUAAACCAUAUACUAAUCGUUGGAAAUUCAUUUGCAAUAAAAAAGAUAUACACGAGCCCAUAACAGAAGUGGACAAUCCUGACAUUUCUUUUAGUAAAAAUAGAAAAGUGGUCUGGAAAUUAGAACCCAGUGGGGCAUGGGGUGUAAAUAUAAAUAACGAAUCUCAAUUUCCAUCUUUUGUAUUACGUGCUGUAAAGAUAUUUGAAGAUUUUCUCCAAACAACAGAACAAUCAUUAAUCUCACAUAAUUCUACAGACGUAAACUUUUCUGACGAUGUAUCUAUAGAUAUAGUAUCAAAAAAGGACACAAAUAAUGAAGAAAGACAGGAUUGGUUAUGGUUAGUAGUGCGUUGCAACAGUAUGGAUGAACUUAUGCUAUUUGCAACUGGACAAAAUAUCAGUCGCUCUACAAUGGAUAGGUUGAAACAGGUUUAUGAAUCUGGACCUGGGAAAGACUGUAAUGUUAAAUCCUUAUAUUGCAAAUCAACAAAUAAGUAUGACGAUACUGCUGUCACGGAUACAACAUUUUUAGUUGGUUCAGAAGCUUUAGAUGAAAUUGUUGGGGGCCUAAAAGUACAACUUGCGCCUAAAACAAAUUUUUGGUCAAAUACUGCAGGAGCAGAGAAUGUUGCAACUGCAGUAAUAGAUUUACUUGCACCUACUCCAAAAACAACAGUACUUGAAAUAGGAUGUGGUAUUGGUCUCAUUGGAUUGAUGAUGGCUUCUAAAUGUCAACAAGUCAUAGGAGUUGAUUCUCCAUCAGAAGUAGAAGAAGCUGAGAUGACAUGUGAAUUAAAUAAUAUAAAGAAUGCUUCAUUUAUAAUGGGGUCUCCUAUUGAAGUAACAACUAAAAUCAUUGCAGCAGUAAAAAAUCGUAAAACGUGUGCAAUAAUCAAUGCAAAUACUAAUGUUGGUCGAGCAAUUGAGGUUAUGACAGCUCUCAGAAAAAUACCAUCCCUUAAACGAAUAGUAAUGAUAACAACAUUAACCAAGCAAUCAGUGCGUGCUAUAUUAGAAUUAGCUCGUCCCGGAGAUCAUCAUAGUCAUGGUUCACCAUUUAUUCCUAUUGUGGCAUGUGUUGUUGACACUUUACCUAAUGGUCCUCAUUUUGAAGCGGUUAUUUUGAUGCAACGACGAAUGAUAAACAAGUUUAAUCAAAUAUGGUCACAAAAAGCUGCAGGGGAAGAUAUAAAAAGUUCAGAAAUCAAAAUUUUUCACGAAAAAAUGAAUCAACAAAACACUAAUCAAAUAGGUAAAAAGAUCUCAAGCAAACCAACUGAACUACAAACUAAAAUGAACUUUAAUAAAUUCUUGGUCAAAAAUCACGCAAAAAAGUCAAAAAUAUCGAUAAAGAAAGCGUUUUAUAUGCAACAUGCUGAAAAUUCAUCUAUAAAAAAUAAAUUCAAAAGGAAACGUUCCCAUUCGCCAGAUAAAGGAGAAACACCAAAAAAACUAAUAAAGAAAUUUAGUAAAUCAUGUGUUAUAGCAUGGCAUCCUGAUCAAGCAUCAAAGAAGAAAAAAGAAUGGGACACGGGAAAUUCACAAUUAUGUACGAAUCUAUUUUAUGAAAAAAAGAUGCAAGAGCGUCCUAAAGAACAAACUGAUUUAAGAGAGAGAUUAUCUCAUAAUCGAUUGGAUACUGAUAUUGCUCAAACAUUAAAGGAACAUCAAGCACUUUUAGAAAUAGCAAAGGAAAAGUUAAGCGGGCCAGCACCGACUGUUGAUAUGAAUACUGCAAAACAAUUACAAAAUAUGUUAAAUAUCGUUUUAGAACAAACAAAUAAACUUCAAAGUCAACUUCCACGUUCUGUUUGGGACCGUAUUGCUUCGCCAGGAAAUAUAAAUUCCGGUCAAAGGGAAAAUAAACAAGAUGAUCCUCUUUUGAAAGGUCGUUAUGUUCAAGAGAUGGGUUCCCAGGAUAUUCUAAUCACAAUGCCAAAUAAGAGAUUCUUAGAUAAUGACGAGCCUGAACCAAAACCAAUGUACAAAAAAUAUAACAAUUUAUCACCUUUAGAGCCAAAUACAAUUAUGCCAGUAGCAUAUGCAAUUAACUCUAGAGAAGAAAAAUCUUUCCGUAUAACACCAGAAAGAUUUGCCAGAUCGUUCAGAGUCGAGGUAAGCCAGAAUCGGGAUCCAAGAAUUCGUAGGAAUGAAAUGGAAAACAUGAAAAAACCAAUUUCACCUGUGAGAAGACAAACUUCAUCACCGAAACAUCGUGUAACUCCUCCAAAAAGACUUUCUCCUAAACGUCCAUUGCUAUCACCUCCAAGACGUCCAUGUUCUCCUCCGAGAAGACAUUUUUCUCCUCUUCGACGUCCCACGUCACCUAUGUAUCGACAACAUUCUCCCAUAAGACGUCAAAUAUCUCCGUUACGACGACCGAUGUCACCGAGACGAAUGUCACCCUUAAGACAACCUUCAUCACCGAGACGUCUAUCACCGCCACGACGAGGAGAAAUGUCUAUGAAUCGUCCAAUGUCACCAUUGAGACAUCAAGUAUCACCACGACAAAUGUCUCCCAUAAGACCCACUGUAUCUCCUAGAAGACAAUCAUCGUCGAUGAAGCGACCGAUAUCUCCACUAAGAAGACAAAUUCCGUCUCCUAAUCGAAUGAUACUUCCUAAUAGGCAGGAAAUGUUACUUUCUAGGAGACAGGCAAUGCCACAAGAAAGGCAGCAGACAUCGACAAUGAGACGAAUGGAGUCACAUAAAUUAAUAUUUGAACGUCCUACAUUAUCACGACAACAAUCUCCUCAAAAACGACAAAUGUCACCAUCAAGAUUUACCGAUGAUUGGGAUAUACCCAAUAGAAGAGCAAUUGAACAAAAUAUUUGGGUUCGACCUGUUGAGCAAAUACCUCCUGAACAAAAUAUCUGGCGAAGUGAACAAACUCCGGCAUCUAGUAAUAAUUGGGAACAAAUUGCGUGUAACGAUAGACGUCGUAAGAGUUUUAAUCAAGAGAAGUGGGAAACUGCUAAAGAUCCUAUGCGCAAUGAUAGUUGGAAUAAUGGUGGAAAUACUUGGAAUUCCAAACAGAUGUAUACAAAGCCUAUGAUAAAAGAAACAUGGCCAUCAAAUUCUGAUAAUAAAUGGUCACCAACAUCUAUGCCCAGUAGUAGUAAUGAUAACUGGAAUAUUCGUGGAAAAGAUAGCUUGUCUGCUUGCACAGAAUCUUGGAUGGACAAUAAAAACCAAGGUAGAUGGGAAUCGUUAAAUGUUAAAGAUUCUUGGAAAUGCGACAAGGAAGAUUUGAAUGACUUACCAGAAGAUGCAAAAGAUCCUUGGGGUGAUGAUGGUAUUUCAGAUUUAAAAGAAAGAUGGCAUAAAUUUGAAAGUACUGGUACAUCAAAUGCAUGGGUAAGAGAAAACGAACAACAACGAGGAGAUUCAUGGAGCUCAAAAUAUAAUAAAGAUAACUGGCAAAAUAAAGGAUUAUCUUUUGUUACGAAAUCUCAGUGGCAAAAUAAUGACAGUAAAAAUAUUGGAGAAUCGCGUUGGCUUCCCCAGAGUGAUGACAAGAAACCUACAUGUAGUGGUUGGCAAAAUGGGAAUAGUGCAGGAUCAUGGCAAUUUCAAAAUCCAAAUUUUCAUUCACAACGUUCUUUUCCUUCAACUCAGUUCAAAAGUUCAUAUUAAAAUUUGUGAUCUUGAUAAUAAUGUUGAUUAUCAGGAAUUAAAUUUAUUAGGUCAUUCUUACCGUAUUGUAAUUUUGUUAGAUUAUAAACGCGGAGUUCACACUUUUUUUCGUAAAGCAAAUAUUUAAAAGGUCAUAAAAUAAACAAUUGUAUAUGCAAUUGAAACUGAAAGAGUGUUUAAGUUUAUAUUAUAAGACUAUUAUUCAUUUCAUCUUUUAUUAUUUUAGUUUCUCUACUUUGUCAUUUCCAAAUUAACAAUAUUAAUGAAAUAAUGUAAGUAUUAAACAUAUGAUGUAAUGAUUUUUAAAUAAACAUAAAACUUGUUUAAUGUGCUAUCAUAAAAUUUAGGCAAUGGUGUUUUAUGCAUAUCUCUUUUAAGACAAUCUAAAAGGUAAAUUUAUAUUAUACUUUUCAAAUAAAACUGCAUUUACAUAAAAAA